CUUGGAUGGGGAGAGAGCACAAAUCCAGCAUUGUCCAUUGCCCAAACUAGUCCACCUCAGUUCGCGUCUUUGGACGAAGCUUUCUCACAAAAUCAAUAUGGUGCGGACGGUUUAGAUGAUUUCAGCUCAGAAAUGUUCACCGGGUCAUUCAUUGGGUUAGCCUAUUGGCCUCGCAGAGGCUCUGUUGAUUAUAGCGACGGCAGUAGCGCUCCGCAAUCCAUCCCUUCCAGCGCUACUUCGUCCAAUGUCCAUAUCUCCCUCUCUGCGGGGGAUAUGUACCAAGGCGCAUCAGAGGAUUUUCAACAGCGUAUGCUGCUUGACCCUCAACGUCGAGGAGACUCCAUGUCCUCUUCCUCUGCGCCUGAAUCCCACGACCAGCAAUCAGAACAUUCUCGAGGCAGUGAAGAUGGUGUACCUUUUUUCUCAAAUGCAGCAAUGAACAUGCGACCUCAUUCCCCGAAUGCUACUCCGAUGCCGCCCAAGGCGCUGUCACAACAGCAGCUCAGAGACCGUGGCAUGUCCCUCUUUGCGUUGCCCACGCCUGGCUUGGGUCGUGAUAGCGACAUUUUGUGGAAGACGUUCAUGCGCACGCCCAUGAGUGGACCAAACUCAGAAGCGCCGUUUGCUUUCAGCAGUUCGGCGCUUUGAUGGAAGCGACGAUGAUCCCUCCGCCACUCGCAUGGCAUGAUCGGACUUGUACAGUCUACUUAUAUGUGCACAAUCACGGAUAACGUUUACCCCAGCGCUGGGACGCUUGUCCCAUGUUGAUGUAUUGACACGGUAUGGUUUUGCGGUACAUUAUUCUGCGUUGUAUUUUCAUAGCUUGUAGCUUCAAUAGCAUUUCAUUAAUGCUUUGUUUACUUUCAAGUUGUCUAAAUACAUCUCAUCCAUCG